GAGUAUUUGCGGCCUCACGGCAAGAUCAGAGGAAUCGCCAAAAAUAGUAGUAGGAAAUAGAGCUUCUUCUCUUGGCGUCUGUUAAAAAACAGAUGAAGGUUGACGAUAACGGUCUCUAAUCGAUCAGCUGAUGUAGGAAAUCGAAGAUUGGCACCUUGCAGUUUACCUUGCAUCGAAUGUGCUGACCCGUGUUGCCCCAAGCCACCUCGGCCGCGCCUGUCAUUCAUUACCAACUGUUGACCUCGAUUGUUUUUAUUGCUUGAACAAUUAUCUUUAGGCGCACAAGCGUAAACUAUGGCUGAGAAGGCAGAGGAUAGCAACGGCAUGCUCAUGGACGAGGUGGACCUGAAAGUAAGGUACCAGCAUGAAAGAUCUUGGCUUUCUGGAGGAAAGCUGGUGAUUUUUGGGCUCAUUGCAUUGGGAGUUUGUCUCAUCAUAAUCGGAGUCAUUCUACUCGCGCUGGCACAUUUUGCGAACCGGGAAUGCAGUGGAAAGGGACCUGAGGUGCCUACAACAGGGCAACCCACUCAGCAAAUACCUAAGCGAUGCGAAUUUUCAGUGGAAGCCCAGAGAGUUGGCCUCGAUGAAUUUUUGAAGAAAGUGAAAUCAACAUACUUUCAGUUGCAUCCGUUUAGUAUUCCGUUCCAUCCAGACAUAAAUACAGAUUUGUUAGCAGGUUCCGAGAGGAUCAAAAGAGACUAUGAGGCGUACGAUCCGACUCCAUCUGUGAUCAAAAAUCGCACCGAUGUGUCUUGGGCUUUGCUUGAAGAAAUUACGCGCAAAACCGAGCAUGUCAAAAUGAACGCCUUGUUGCCAAGAGAAAGGAAAUCCUUGGCGCAAGUGAAGCACUACCUUCAACACACGUUCGGUCAACCAUAUGAUGUAAACUAUUACGCCGGGGAUUGGAUGAUGGGACCGAAUUUAUUCUGCUGGCAACCUAUUUGCUAUCACGGGUACGACUUUUACAACGCCAUAAUUCACCAUAGACCCACCAACGAGGCAGACGUGAAACUUAUCAGAUCUAAGCUAGCGACGCACCAGAGAGGAAUUUUGCAGUACAUCGACAACAUGAAAAUGGGAGUUGGGAAAGGCAUGAUUCGAAGCAGGGAGGAAUGCGUCGCCGGCACAGAUUCACUGAAAAGGAAAUAUUUGAAUGUGUCCCUCUACAAUGAGACAGGUAUUUGGAAAGAGUGGUUUGUUGAACCUGCCAUUCAUCCUGAGUUCUACAGCUUAAUACCUGUGAAAGUUGACCAGGCUUGGAAGAAAGAGCAUGGCAAGAAUAUUAAUGAAACAAUUAAAGACUAUCUAUUGACUUAUCUUGGAAAACCCCUGCAUCAGCUUAUCUGGUAUUUAGAAAAUGAAUACAUUCACCAUUGUGUACCAAGUAAUGUUUCAAGUGGAUUAGGAAGACUGCCGCUGAGUCAUGUUUGGUAUGAUGGUGUAGAAGACAAGAACGAGCCAACAAAUGCAACUUUGCCAACCGGUGAAAGUCUGAAUGGUCCCAAGGCAUACAGCCUAAUCAUGCCAUACUUCACCACUAAUAAUAUGAAUGCAUCUGAUGUUCAUGACCUGGGAAUAAAGCAAUUAGAGAAACUGUAUCCAUUGGUGGUAGAAAUAGCCAAAGAAAUGACAGGUACAAAUGAUAGUGAUUUGGCUGUGAAACUCUUCAGAGAGAGGCUUAACUCCACUGAAAGCUUUUUUAAUGAUGCACCAAUUCCAGCAAAUGAGUCAAACAAAGAGGCACAUAAAAGAUGCAGCAGUCUUACUGGUGCAGAAAAGUAUUGCCCUAAACGGUGGGCUGCGAUGCAGUUAUGGUUCAAGGAAGCCAGAAGGGUAAUGAGCAUGCUGGAUCCAAAAACUGUGGAUAUGUUCUACUUUACUGGUCCUAAACAUACCACACCCAACUGCCCUGUGGACCUCCUACCCGACCUCAACCCAUCUAGUGGAGCACAAAGUUAUGAAAAUAGUGACCCGCAGUGUUCAAGGAAUGCCAUCUACAAUAUUCCAUUUUUCUUGGAAAAUCUGGGCCCAAGGUUCUCUGAAUGGAGUGUGAAUGCUCAUGAGGCAAGGCCUGGACAUCAUACACAGGUUCAGGGAACUAUUGAGCAUUUUCAAGAUGGCUGUAGUGAUGCCCUCACUUGGCUAGACACAGAGACAUAUUACACAGCCUUCACAGAGGGCUGGGCACUGUAUGCUGAGAAUCCGCUUAUAGCUGAGGACACAGACACAUAUGAUAAUGAGCCUAUGCAGAAGUUUGGCAUGUUAAAGUGGCAGAUUUGGCGGGCCUUGCGAUUAAUCGUGGACACCGGACUCCACUAUUACCCUAACUUUACCAGAGAAGACGCACUUUGGUAUUUCGACAAAUUUGCUUGGGAUAACACGGACUUGGCGCAAAAGGAGGUGACUCGGUACCAGAGCGACCCCGGACAAGCCACGGCUUACAUGAUCGGUCAGCUUGAUAUUAAAAGUUCCAGAGACUUUGCUAAAGAAAAGUUGCAGGAAAAUUUCUCUUUACGCGAUUUUCAUUACCAGGUUCUAGCACAAGGGUCCUCACCACUCGCUUACCUCAAGGACCACAUCGAGAGGUACGUUGAUUGUGUGCAAGACAAUGCAAAGGAAGGGUGUGCCGUCAUCCUUAGUGCGCCAAAGAAGGCUUCUGUUGCAAAGCGACGAGUAAAGGGUAGCCGCUGGCCAGUCAUACCACGACCACAUCAACACUACUUAUAAACAAUUUAAUAUUCACAACAAAGAUGCUUUAAUAUCAGCGAAUUAUGAAAUUUUUCAUUUACAUAAGUUUACAUCACCUCCGGAUUUUAUGUUUUGUGUAUUUAUCGAAGUAGAUUGAAAUCAUGACGUCCUGAUAUUUAAAGCAUACGUUUUCUGUCAAAAUCACGGUCUUUUACUCUGAUUUUAUAGAGAUGUUGCAAUUUCAUAACAUAUUGGUUCCUUGUGUAAGAUUCGACGUUUAUCCUUAGUUGUCUCGUAUUGGGUCAACUGCAGCCGCUUACAGAAUGUUUAUAGGGAUACUUGACAUUUCUGAGGUGUCUGAGCCUUUUAAGAAAGUGUUUGAGAUCCUACAACCGAAAUAUUGAGUUUCCAAAUGUGCCCGCAUUUGGAGAACACUAGAUCCGCGGUAAGGCACAUUAGUAUUAAUUAAUUUGUUGUAAAAAUACAUUUUGCCCUUGACCAUACAACAGCGAGUCGUAUGCAAUAAUGCAUUUUAUAAAUCGUUUUAUGGAAAAAAAAUUAAUCUUACAAUAUAAUAAGAUUCCUUUAAUCAGAUUUGAAAACCGAAUCCCUCACAUUAUUACAUGCUUCUCCGUGGGUAAAUAUAUGGGCUCAUAUAAGUCUGACGCGAAAAUGUGCUCAUAAUUUUGCAAGUCGUACCAGAGAGUACUUAAAAGGUUCCCAUCCCCACUUUGCAUCAUUUUUUGUACAAAGACUGACAUUGUGUUGGAAAUAAAGUCGGAAAAGCUGAGGAACA